UCAACCCCCACCCACAUUCUCAGUCACCUGGAAGGAAUGCGUUCGUUUUUGUUUCUCUCGCUUUUGGUUUUCGUUGGCUGUGGCCCAGGUGCUUCAGCACUUCGUUGCUAUAGCUGCGAAGACUGCGACGAGAAUACCCAACUUACCGAAAUGGAGGUGUGCGAAGCCCUGCCUGGAAAUUCCAACGGACCCGACACACCUGUCAGUUCCAAUCCCGUUCAAAACGCCCCAGCUCCGGCUCCUGCUGCUCCUGAAGCUCCUGCCCCAGCUCAAAAUCCAUCCGUCCCUGCCUCUACGAGCGUAGAGGACGGGGAGGAGGACUAUGACAGUGAUGAGUCCUCCACCAUGGGCAUUAUGCCGGCAGGCGGAAACGGAAAUGGAGGUGCCACAGGAGCUGGCGGUGCUGCGGCAGCCGGAGGGGCUGGGGGAGGCGGAGGCGCAGGUGAUGGCGGCCAGUCACAGUACAGCGAGGAGGAGGAAGAAGAGGAUGAGGACGAGGAGGAGGAUAAACGACGCAGGAGGCGGCAAGCGGACCUCGAUAUUCCCAUUCCAGUGUGCUAUACAGUAAGGCUUAUACUUAACGAAACAGUAAUCACGAAGCGAGGCUGCACCAACGCCAGGAUGGGCAACGAGAGUACCGCCUGCGAUGGGCUCUUCGACAACUGGACGGUCGGUGUGUGUCAAACGUGCCACAACGAUGGAUGCAACCAGCCCAUUAGUGGAUCCAGUCGACUUAUCGGGCACAGUGCUAUCGUACUACUGGCAGUAAUGUCCAUUGUGGGGCACUCUCUGAUCUAAACAUCUACUUAUAGCCGUGGGCAGUAAUUGCCUUUUCGAUCGCACAUAAAUACAAAAGAUAUAUAUGGCCCACGGA